GAGCAGCGCGGGGCGGAGCGGGCGGGGCGGCCAUGGCGGGGCCGCUGGCCCAGGGCUGGGGGCUCGGGGCGGCCCUGAGGAGCCGCGCCGCGCUCCGGCCGCUCGGGCUGCUGGCACCGCCGGCUCGGGGGGUGCUGGGGCCGGGAACGGGAGCGGGAUCGGGAUCGGGAGAGGCGGCGCUGGAGGAGAACCCCUUCUACGGGAAGUACCGCCACAAGAUCCAGGAGCUGCGGAGAUCCAGUCCAGAUGUGUUUGAAUCCCGUAUGGAAAAAAGAAGUGAAGUGAAAAAGCAGCCUGUGGGAUAUUCCAAACAAGGAGAAUUUAUCAGAUGCAUGGAAGAAAAGGCAGAAGGCUUGGGCACUAAGACAUCAAAGGGAGGAUUCACAAAGGAUAAGACACUUGACUCAAUUCUUAAUGUUGAGAUGGUGAAAGAAAAAUCAGCCGAGGAGAUAAAACAGAUUUGGAAUCAGUAUUUUUCUGCAAAAGAUACAGUUUAUGCUGUUAUUCCUGCAGAGAAGUUUGAUUUAAUGUGGAAGAGAGCCCAGAAAUGUCCAUCGUUUCUCUAUGCUUUGCCAAGAAAAGAAGGGUAUGAGUUCUUUGUGGGGCAAUGGUCAGGAACAGAAUUACACUUUACUUCCCUGAUAAAUGUUCAGACCCAAGGUGAAACAGCUCCAAGCCAGUUGGUCUUGUACCACUAUCCCGAGCUGCAGAAGGAAAAAGGAAUAGUACUAAUGACAGCAGAAAUGGACUCCAAGUUCUUGGGGGUGCACGAAGCCCAGUGCUUGGCCAACCAGGCACAGCUCUUCUAUGCCACCGAUCGUUCGGAGACCUACGAAUUAGUGCAGACCUUCAACCACAGAUCUAAUGAAUUUAAAUACAUGUCAGUUAUAGCAGAGCUUGAGCAAAGUGGACUUGGAAGGGAACUGAGACCUGGUCAGGUUUCUGACAAGUCGUAGAGCCUGAGCUGCGGGUGAAGUGAGCCAGCAGCAGGCAGGAGGGGGUCCUGCAUGGGGUGGUCCUGUCUUCUUUGUUUUGCAAAUUGGAUUUGGCUACAGAAGGGAUCUGAAGACAUCCUGGGAAUGUGACAGUCCAGCCUGUCUGGCACUGAUGCAAGAUGAGGACUUGUGCCACUUGAAUGACAGUAACUAACUGCCAGAAUGGAGCCCUGUACUUCAGUGUAACUUUAUCAGAAAGAGCCAUUUUCCCCGUCCUGUAACUUCUGCUGCCUGCUGGAUUUUUGAAAUCUGAAAUAAAGUGACAGAAAGGGAACUAUGUAACGGGCUGUACUGACAUCAGGAAAGAGAUGACAACCAGUGUUUCUUCUCAGUAAAUGCAUUUUAAAUGCCCUCCAUCAUUAUAAUUGCAUGGUCCAGUGCUUUUUAAUCUGUGUGGAGUUUAUACAGGCUUGUCCAUCGAGAAGGAAGAAUAGGAGCAAUGGUGUAAAACAGAUGCCUCUUUGUUUCUUUGUGAGGUUUCUUACACAGAUGUAUACUGUGGCCUGAGUUUUUCUCAGGAUUAAAAAACAGAGUGACUAUA